CGGCAGGUGGGACGGGUAGGUGCUGCGGGCCAUGGGGUUCCCUGCGCUGCUGGCCAGCGCGCUCUGCACCUUCUUGCUACCGCUGCUGCUCUUCCUGGCUGCGAUAAAACUCUGGGACCUGUACUGCGUGAGCAGCCGCGACCGCAGCUGCUCCCUCCCUCUGCCUCCUGGGACUAUGGGCUUUCCCUUCUUUGGGGAAACACUGCAGAUGGUGCUGCAGAGGAGGAAAUUCCUGCAGAUGAAGCGCAGGAAAUACGGUUUCAUUUACAAGACUCAUUUGUUCGGUCGGCCCACAGUACGGGUGAUGGGCGCGGACAACGUGCGGCGCAUUUUACUCGGGGAGCACCGGCUAGUGUCAGUCCACUGGCCCGCGUCGGUGCGCACCAUCCUGGGCUCCGGCUGCCUUUCCAACCUGCACGACUCCUCGCACAAGCAACGCAAAAAGGUGAUAAUGCGAGCCUUUAGCCGCGAGGCGCUCCAGUGCUACGUGCCAGUGAUCACGGAAGAAAUAAAUAACUCCCUGGAGCAUUGGCUGAGCAGCGGUGAGCGCGGCCUCCUAGUGUAUCCCGAGGUGAAGCGACUCAUGUUCCGCAUUGCCAUGCGCAUUCUGCUGGGCUGCGAGCCUAGGCUGGCGAGCGGCGGGGACGCAGAACAGGAACUGGUGGAGGCCUUUGAGGAGAUGACUCGCAACCUCUUCUCGCUACCCAUCGACGUACCCUUCAGCGGGCUGUACCGGGGCAUGAAGGCGCGGAACCUCAUCCACGCGCGCAUAGAGGAAAAUAUUCGGGCCAAGAUCUGCCGGCUGCGAGCGGUCGAGGCGGUCGAGGGCUGCAAAGACGCGUUGCAGCUGUUGAUCGAACACUCAUGGGAGAGAGGAGAGCGGCUGGACAUGCAGGAACUAAAGCAAUCUUCAACCGAACUCCUUUUUGGAGGGCAUGAAACCACUGCCAGCGCUGCCACGUCUCUGAUUACUUACCUGGGGCUCUACCCACAUGUUCUCCAGAGAGUUCGAGAGGAACUUAACUGCAAGGGUUUACUUUGCAAAAGCAAUCAAGACACCAAGUUGGAUAUGGAAAUGUUGGAACAGCUCAAAUACACCGGGUGUGUUAUUAAGGAGACCCUUCGACUGAAUCCCCCAGUUCCAGGAGGGUUUCGAGUUGCUCUUAAGACUUUUGAAUUGAAUGGAUACCAGAUUCCCAAGGGCUGGAAUGUUAUCUACAGUAUCUGUGAUACUCAUGAUGUGGCAGAUAUCUUCACCAAUAAGGAGGAAUUUAAUCCUGACCGAUUCAUGUUGCCUCACCCAGAAGAUGCAUCCAGGUUCAGCUUUAUUCCAUUUGGAGGAGGCCUUAGGAGCUGUGUAGGCAAAGAGUUUGCAAAAAUUCUUCUCAAAAUAUUUACAGUGGAGCUGGCCAGGCAUUGUGACUGGCAGCUUCUAAAUGGACCUCCUACAAUGAAAACCAGUCCCACCGUGUACCCUGUGGACAAUCUCCCUGCAAGAUUCACCCAUUUCCAGGGUGAAAUGUGAUCGGCAUAAAUGUCCAAACCUCAGACUUAUUGCAAGUGUACAUAUAUAAGUUUUUAUAUAGUGUCCUCUGUGACGGUAUUGUAUUUAAUGCCUAAAGGUAUAUUAUAAUAUUUAUGUGUCUCUACUCUAGUACUACAGUAUUCAAAUAGUAAAAUCAUUGAAUUUGUAUAAUUUCCAAAUAAAGUAAAUGUCUAAGG